GGGCCACGUGCCGCCGUCCCACUCAGUUCCUUUGUGGUCCUCUGCUGAGCACACGCCAGAGCAGUUCCCCACAGCGGGUGAGGCUGGAGCAUCCUAGGGGCCAUGGAGGAGCUGGAUGCCUUGUUGGAGGAACUGGAACGCUCCACCCUGCAGGAUAGCGAUGAAUAUUCCAGUUCUACUUCUCUUCCGCUGGAUCAGCCUUCCAGAAAGGAGGAUAACCAAGCAGAAACUUCAACCACACCUGCUGCCGAGGACAGCACCAGGCCCUUGCUGGCGCAGCUCGUGUAUAUCACCAAUAUGCAGGACCGCAAUGUCUACAGUGAGGUCCAGGAGCCAAAGAAGUCACCUCCACCUGCUAAAACCUCAGCAGCUGCCCAGCUGGACGAGCUCAUGGCCCACCUGAGUGCAAUGCAGGCCAAGGUGUCAGUGAAAGCAGAUGCUGGCAAGAGACCUGCGGCCGACAAGCAGGAACACAACGCUUCCCUGGACUCAAUGCUUGGGGGUUUGGAGCAGGAACUGCAGGACCUUGGGAUCCCAACAGUGCCAAAGGGCCAUUGUGCUUCCUGCCAGAAACCCAUUGCUGGAAAGGUGAUCCAUGCCCUGGGCCAGUCCUGGCAUCCGGAGCACUUCAUCUGCUCUCGCUGCAAGGAAGAGAUCGGCUCCAAUCCCUUCUUCGAGCGGAACGGCCUGCCCUACUGCCCCAAGGACUACCACAACCUUUUCUCUCCGCGCUGUGCCUACUGCGCAGCCCCCAUUCUGGACAAAGUGCUGACGGCGAUGAACCAGACCUGGCAUCCAGAACACUUCUUCUGUGCUCACUGUGGAGAGGUGUUUGGUACAGAAGGCUUUCACGAGAAAGACAAGAAGCCAUAUUGCCGAAAGGAUUUCUUAGCCAUGUUCUCUCCCAAGUGUGGUGGUUGCAACCGCCCAGUGUUGGAGAACUACCUUACAGCCAUGGACACCGUCUGGCAUCCAGAGUGCUUUGUGUGUGGGGACUGCUUCAGUGGUUUUUCUACUGGUUCCUUCUAUGAACUGGAUGGCCGUCCGUUCUGUGAGCUGCAUUACCACCAGCGCCAAGGAACCCUCUGCCGUGGAUGUGGGCAGCCCAUCACUGGCCGCUGCAUCAGCGCCAUGGGGCACAAGUUCCACCCUGAGCACUUUGUGUGCGCAUUCUGCCUGGCGCAGCUGUCGAAGGGCAUCUUCAGGGAGCAGAAUGACAAGACCUACUGUCAGUCUUGCUUCACCAAGCUCUUCUCUCUGUAAUCUCAACCGACCCACAGCCUCUUCAGGUCCCUGUUACAACUGAAAGCUAGUGACCCGUGGCUUCAUAUGUUUACAGAAUGAAGGCAGUGAGCAAAUAAGGGAACUUAGAGUUGUUCUAUGUAUAGGCAUAUAGUCUUUAUUUUUAAUACUUAGGUUUAGAUCUGGGUCCUGCUAACAGUCCGCUCAAGAUGGCUUUUCCACAUGCACAGUUUCUUUCACUGCUGGUUUUCUUAGAUUUCUGUUUUUCCACUUCGGCUGAUGUCACUGCUGCUAACUGUCCUCUUCCAUGUUUCCUCCAUUUCCCAGUGGCACACUAUUCCACGUUCACUGCUACGAUUUUAUUCUUACUGUCAGGAAUCGUAAAACCAUUCUUAAGCGCCCUGUUUCUCCCUCCAGUGCAUUUCUCAUUUUCAAGAGGAAGUAACCUUUAGAUAAAAUAAAUAAAUAAAAUAGCUGUGGUUUUAAUGA